AUGGCCUUUGGAGAUAAAGUUUGGGGAGGAAGAUUAAGUGGAAGCAGAGAUGCCAUCAUGGAGAUGCUCAACGCUUCCAUUACAUUUGAUGGGAGGCUGUCUGAAGUUGAUAUCCAGGGGAGCAUGGCUUAUGCCAAAGCCUUAGAGAAGGCUGGGAUCCUAUCUAAACCUGAGCUGGAGAAGAUCCUCAGUGGCCUGGAAAAGAUCUCCGAGGAAUGGUCUAAAGGAGUCUUUGUGGUGAAACAAACCGAUGAGGACAUCCACACUGCCAACGAACGCAGACUAAAGGAGCUGAUCGGAGACGUAGCUGGAAAACUGCACACUGGAAGAAGCAGGAAUGAUCAGGUUGUGACUGACUUGAGGAUGUUCAUGAGGAAUUCCCUCUCUGUCAUCUCGACUCACCUCCUGCAGCUCAUUAAGACCCUGGUGGAACGUGCUGCCACAGAAAUUGAUGUCAUCUUGCCUGGCUACACCCACCUGCAGAAAGCUCAGCCCAUCAGAUGGAGCCAGUUCUUGCUCAGUUGCCUGGUCACUGACUAUGGUCUCUGCUUCUCACUGCAGAUGCCAUUCAGACAAGCCCACAUUGCCUCUGGGAAGGUCGUCCACCUUGCCGAGUCUAAAGGCACGACCAUCAACAAUCUCAGCCUGGAUGACAUGAAGACCAUCAGCCCCCUGUUUGGCAACGACGUCUCCCAGGUCUUCAACAUUGUCAACAGCGUGGAGCAGUACAGGGCCAUGGGCGGUACCGCCAAGAACAGCGUGAAUGCCCAGAUCGAGCAGCUGAGGGAGCUGCUGAAGAAGCUGAAGGAACAAGCUUAG